CGGCGGCGCUCCGGUGAACAAUUUCUCGACGCGUCUUCCGAAUCCCUGUUUCCUUGCUCGCUCUCUGCGCGCCGGCAACCUCCAGUCUCCGUACGGCAGCUGCAAGCUUCUCCCUCCUCUGAACUUGGUGGGGGAGGGCGAAGCGGGGGAAGGCCCCCUCCAAGUUGGUGAGGAUGUCGGGGUUCGGCGAUGGGUACGUGGGGAUGGCGCAGGACGCCGUGAAGAUCCGUCAGCUGGAGAAGCAGCGCGAGGCGGAGCGCCGCAAGAUCGAAAAGCUCAAGAACAAGUCCUCGGAUGGCCAGCCUGGCCUCCUCCAGUUCGGCUCCAGCACCUCCGAGCUUCCCGUGGGCUGGAGUAUGGGGUGGCAUCCUCUACUAAAGGAGAGCAACCGUCGUUCAAAUCAACUGCAAAUUGUUAUGCGUCAUAAGAUAUCAUAUCCAUCAGGAUCUCAUAUUUUUUAAGUAUCUAAUGGAGGCCGAGUGUUUUACAGAAACUUCUCUAGAAGUAUCUAAUGGAUCUCAUAUUGCAAAUGGCAUAAGACAUUUAUUUUUGCCGAAAUCUUUCCUAAAUAGACACAAUAGUCUCUAGAACUUCAUGUCCAUCAAAAAGUACAACAACAUUGUCCAUGCCAUCUGCUCAAAGUUGUGCUUUAGCAAAAAGAAGCUAGGUAAGAGGACAAGAUGGUUGAUCAAUGAUGCCUUUUCCC